AAAAGCUUAUUAAUUAGUUGAACAAAGUGUAGAUGAUGACCACCUGCUGAGAUCGUGACUUAGUCAAUAAACAAUUAUUUCAUUGUGUUAUUUUGUUUUAUGGUGACGUUGACGUUGACAAGACUACACACAAACACACAAUAUAAAAUCAAACAUCAAACAUUUUUCCAAAUUCCGGAUGUGAUCGUCAGAAAUUUUCCGUUUACACAUCGUCCUCGUCCCCACACUUCCCCUCCAUCAAUAAUAUCAUAACAUUUACUAGUCACAAGCCAAACAAACACCAGUUGAGAUGUCUGCAAUCUCGCUAAUUGGAAUUUGCCUGGUUUUAUCCAUUCUGCUGUUGUUCUUGGGUGUCGCAUUGGAACCUUUAAAGCGUUUAAUACUAAGCAGGAGCGGUGGUCGCAACCAACUGGCCUUGGUGCCAGCGAUUUCGAAUGCCGUACGAGGCCAGAGAGCUGCUUACGAUCCUUUGGAGCAAUCCUCGUGGCACAAGUCAAUUCGGGUACACAUUCGCUAUUUAGCUCGCUACGUACAUGUGCCACCGGACUUGGAUGAAGUCGGAGUGCCCGUUGAACUGCAUCGCCACAUGCAGGACCUUGCCAUUCUGCAGGAUCUCUUUCGGACGGGCCAGUUGCAAAGGACUACUGUGACUGCCUCCGUGCCUGAUCUCGAUCACGACCCCGACCACAGUCGCUGAGAAGGGCAAAGUUCAGCAUCGCCCUCAAAUUAAGUUAUAUGCCUAAGGCCCAGUAAUCAUUUCGGAGCGAACUUUGGUUUCGGUGUCCCUAAUAGUGUUUUAAUUGCUCUGGCCGUUUGUAUUCCGCACGAAUUAACAUCAAUUUGGGGAAGGAAGUGGGUAUAGAUUAGCCACCCCUACUGUUGCUAUUGCAAGGAUAUCGCAUGUCAAGCAGGCAUUAUGUGCUUUCAACGAUAGGAGUUUAAGUCGACGAACCUGCAAAUAUCCUGGAAAAGGCAUUAAUAAAUACUCUUUUUUUUCCAUCGCUAA